UGAAGUUGGGAGGAUUUGAGGGCACGUCUCCUGCCCUCCAACACAUGCCAUGCUUUUUCGUGUUUCACAAAGAUGUAUAAAUAAAUGAAACAGAGCGCUUUAGGUUCGUGAGAUAUGGCGGAAACUGGGAGCAGCAGCGACCACGCUGAAUCCAACCGCUGUUUCCAGGACUGGUUGAAGCUCCAAGAGGAGAGCCAGAGGGAGCUUUUCGAAGCCCUCGACGCAGUCCAAAGCAGAGUAAAUUCCGACCCACAAGAAACCGAACGCCAACUCAUCAACCUCAUCGACAAGAACAUCGAGCGGUUCCAAGACUACAUUGAUCGACGAACCCACCUAGCCAAAAAAGACGUGUCCGCAUACUUCGCCCCUGUCUGGUGCACCGCCAGAGAAACCUCUCUCCUAUGGAUCGCGGGUUGUCGCCCCUCCCUCUUCAUCCGCCUGGCCUACUCCCUCACAAGCCUCGAUCUCGAAACGCGACUCCUCCAGUUCCGGCAGCGGAUGAAAUCGGUAGAUGAAUUGGGAGAUCUGUCGCCCCAGCAAAUGGAGCAGCUGGAGAAUCUGCAGAAGAGAACCAUCAAGGAAGAGGAGAGGCUGACGUCGGAGCUCGCGAGACUGCAGGAGGAGAUAGCGGACCAGACGGUGGUGGGGAUAGCGAUGAGAUCAGUGAGAGAGCAGGAGAUAAGCGAGGAGCUGGAGAGGGCUCUGGAAAAACAGGACGGGGAGAUGCUCAGAAUCUUGGAGGAAGCGGACAAACUCAGGAUUCGUACGCUGAUUGAGCUGACCGAGAUUCUGAGACCGUUGCAGACGGUGACACUCUUAGCCUUCAGCAAGAAACUUCAUCUAUGCGUGCGGGAAUGGGGAAAAGGAAGCGAUCGAAGGCACGGCAGAAUGGGUAUCUGCCCAAAUCAAACCACUGCUUAGUUCUCAUCUUUGCCGAUUACAUUACUCUGCCCUCUGCCCUCUGCCCUCUGCCCACGCACACAAAAAUACUUGUCUCUUUUACAUCGCUACUUAGUCGUAUCUCUUAGUCAUUAGGGAAUUAUACUAAAUCUUAUGGUUUGCUUGUUGUUUCUCUUAUGCUUUGGGACUCGUUACCUUUUUUUUUAAUGAUUAAUUCAAAAUAGGAUUUGGAAUUU